AUGUCUCGCCAUCACCCCGAUCUCGUUAUGUGCCGCAAGCAACCAGGCAUCUCCAUCGGCCGACUUUGCGACAAGUGCGACGGCAAAUGCCCCGUGUGUGACUCCUACGUUCGACCCACCACUCUCGUCCGCAUCUGCGAUGAGUGCGCUUUCGGCAACUACCAGAACAAGUGUGUUGUCUGCGGUGGUGAGGGAAUCAGUGAUGCAUUCUACUGCUUCGAGUGCACGCGUCUGGAGAAGGAUCGAGACGGGUGCCCGAAGAUUAUCAAUCUUGGAAGUUCGAGAACAGAUUUAUUCUAUCAAAAGAAAAGUUUUCGGAAUCAUUGA